AUGUCUGGAGAGGUCCAAGAUUCGGAACCUCCAAUGGCUGACGUCGACUUGUCCUCUGUCUGGGUAACAUUGAUGAAUGCGAGCAGGACACCCGCCAUUGAUCAUACUGGUAAGCAAGCGUUUAUACCUCUGGGACAGCUCCUUCGGAUUCUAAGCCCAAGGAAUGUUGAAAAAAUACUCAAUCAAAAGUUCAUGGCUGAAGAUCUGAUAAGUCUUACCAACGAGGUAUAUGGAGCUGAUGGCAAACCAAAAAGACUGAAGAUCAUGGCUACAUUGAUAUUGGUGAAUGGACUUCAUUUUCUACUAGACUUUGUCAAUGCAAAGAUAGAAGAUAGCAAGCUCCCACUUACGGUUCAGCGACAGGGACAGCAGCCCAUCUUAUACGACCGUGAGAAAAAUGAGAUAGAGUCUUCAAGGAAUUGGGCUUGGUCCUAUCCCGACGCUGAAUAUUUCACUAUGAAGCAGAUGCAACUAUGCAGUCUGUUCUGCACUAUUAAUGAGGAAGGGCAGUUUAUGGAUCAUUUUCGACUCCCCGCCGAUUUUGUCUUGCCAUUCGUGGAUUCUGAUCCCCCUGAAAUUCGGUCUGGAGGGUAUGGAAAAGUCACGAAGGUCUUUAUUGAGCCGUCGCACUUAUUGUACCGGGGCAAAUACCCGAAACCAAGUUGCUUCGCUGUCAAGGCUGUUCAACAUAGCUCAAUAGACCACCCGAGUGAAGCAGACUCUCUUGCAAGGCGGCUGGUCAUCAAGAAACUCGAAGACAGAGAGCACCUUCAUCAACUUCUUUUCUCCUUUCGCCGGGCCGACUAUUACUACCUCGUUUUCGAAUGGGCUGAUGGCGAUCUGACCGAUCUAUGGGAGACAAUGCCAACCUUGUACAGCCCUGAUGUCUACGAAGACGCGUGUUGGUUCUUCCUUCAAUGCGCUGGUAUUUUGAGGAGCUUGGGCAGCCUUCACAAACAACGCUCGUCCUACACCGCCAGCACUUUGGAGGAAAUAGUUCACGUUGCGCUGAAAGGAAACUAUGGACGGCACAGCGACAUAAAGCCGCAAAACCUACUUUGGUUUAGUAAUUAUCAGGGCGAUAGGAAAGAUCAUCUUGUCAUUGCAGAUCUUGGUCUUACUCAGUUCAACACGUCACAGUCCAAGUCCCAUGCGUCAUGGGCUGGUAUUAAGGGUUAUACACAAACCUACAAAGCACCUGAGAGUGAAGUUAAUGGUGAGGUUGGAACCAGAUACGACAUCUGGUCUCUUGGCUGUGUGUUUCUAGAACAUGCGUCUGUGUUUCUGAUGAAGGACAAAAGUUGUGUCAAGGCCUUCUCAGGCAACAGAAUAAAGGAAGAUCACCUUCGAAACAGAACUGGAAAUUAUCAUAGCGAUACUUUCUACAACGUGAUUACGGAAGAGGAUUCUACAGACACGAACAGACCGGUUGGAAGCAGUCACAAACGGGGGGAGGUCAAAGAGGCAGUUCUGACAAUGAUUCAAGGUCUCAAAGACCAUGACUUAUGUGCUCCUUCGAUGUGUGACUUCUUAGAUCUCAUCAGGGAAGGGAUGCUAGUACCGAACCAGUCUGUUCGAUAUACUGCCGAUAUGGUCUCGAGAGCUCUCAGAGAUAUCCAGGUCGGUUGUGCACAGAAUCCCAGGUACGCUUGCUUAUCAAGGCAUGUGCCAUUGAAGGAUCAGUUGAAGUCAAUGCCCGAAAGCCACAUUCCUUCAAGACAGUCUCAGAUCUUGGCAGGUAUCUCAGGAGGGCAAGAGGGAAGCAGGGUCAACUUUGACUCGUCUCACACCGACUCAACCGGAGAUCCUGGGGCCGCUAAUCCAGAAGCCUUGAAGAUGCUUAAUGAGCUACGCCACAUGAGCAACGAUAUCACUUUAUCCCCGGACAGCCUACAACUGCAGAUACCAAAAAUUCAGUUCGAUGGGUCUGUAGCAGGGCUUUUGCAAGAAUCUAGCCCUAUCAACGAUUUAAUCGAUGGAUUAAAGUCCCUCUCCAUUAAAGAAAGGACUUGA